AGCACCGCCUUCGCUCAAAUCGUGUAUAAAAGCACGUGGAGUUCUAGGGUUGGCGACAUUCUGUGAAGCCAAAAGCUAUAAAUUUUGUUAAAGCUAACGUCUCUGCAUUUACAUCCUUUCGCUAGAUUUCGCCGCAGCUAUCCGGGAAAAGAAUGGCUCGCCGAAGCUCAGGAAGAUCUGCACCACGCCCUGCUCCUCGUGCUGCACGAGCACCAGCUCCAGCCCCAGUUAACCAUGCUCCUCCUCCAGCUCCUGCACAAAAUGGCCGUGGAGGAUCCAUGCUCGGGAACAUUGGGUCGACCAUAGCUGAAGGCAUGGCCUUUGGAACUGGAAGUGCCAUUGCACACCGGGCUGUGGAUGCUGUCAUGGGCCCUCGUGUUGUUCAGCACGAAACUGUUGCUGCUCCCACUCCUGCUGCAGCAGCACCCUCAACUAACGCCUUUGGGAACUCGGAUGCUUGCAGCGUGCAAUCCAAGGCUUUCCAAGAUUGCUUGAAUAGCUCUGGAAACGAUAUCAGCAAGUGCCAGUUCUACAUGGACAUGCUAUCCGAGUGCAAACGCAGCUCUAUGCUCAACGCUUAAGCCUCUUGCCUGCCCACCCGCCCUAAUAAAUUCUUUUAAGCUUUACUUACGUUUCGAUUAUUGAACUAUUCUUUGAAACUUUGUAUGCAACAAGUUGGCAUUUUCCCCAACUUUGCAUCCAAUAAGUUUAUUGUGAACCAGAGGGAUAUAUAUAUGUAGACAUUAUUUGCUUUUUGAAUUUUGAACACCAAGUGAAUGCA